GGUUGAUCGCAUAUUUGCGCGCGUGCUAUUUUUUGAUGGAAAGUAACCAAUCGAACAAUGGAGGCAGUGGUAAUGCUGCAUUAAAUAGAGGAGGACGUUAUGUACCACCACAUCUUCGCGGAGGAGAUGGUGGAGCUGCUGCUGCUGCUUCUGCAGGAGGUGAUGAUCGCCGCGGUGGAGCUGGAGGCGGUGGAUACCGUCGUGGAGGUGGAAACAGUGGCGGCGGCGGUGGCGGAGGAUAUGAUCGCGGAUACAAUGACAAUCGUGACGAUCGUGACAACCGUGGAGGAAGUGGUGGUUAUGGAAGAGAUCGUAACUACGAGGAUCGUGGUUACAACGGCGGUGGAGGUGGAGGUGGAAACCGUGGAUACAAUAAUAAUCGCGGGGGCGGUGGCGGAGGAUAUAACCGUCAGGAUAGAGGUGAUGGUGGAUCAUCAAACUUCUCAAGAGGAGGAUAUAAUAACCGUGAUGAAGGUUCUGAUAACAGAGGAUCCGGUAGAUCAUACAAUAAUGAUCGUCGGGAUAAUGGAGGCGAUGGCCAAAACACUCGCUGGAACAAUCUCGACGCGCCACCAAGCAGAGGCACAUCAAAAUGGGAGAAUCGUGGAGCCCGCGAUGAGCGUAUCGAGCAGGAGCUCUUCUCCGGACAGCUUUCCGGCAUUAAUUUCGACAAAUACGAGGAGAUUCCAGUUGAAGCGACCGGUGACGAUGUUCCACAGCCAAUCAGCCUCUUCUCGGAUCUCAGCCUUCACGAAUGGAUCGAAGAGAAUAUUAAAACCGCCGGAUACGAUCGGCCGACACCUGUUCAGAAAUAUUCCAUUCCAGCAUUGCAGGGAGGUCGUGACUUGAUGUCAUGUGCUCAGACUGGAUCUGGAAAAACUGCGGCUUUCCUGGUUCCACUGGUUAAUGCUAUUCUUCAAGAUGGUCCUGAUGCUGUUCAUCGUUCUGUUACAAGUUCUGGUGGAAGAAAGAAGCAGUAUCCAAGUGCUCUUGUGCUCUCACCGACUCGUGAGCUUUCCCUUCAGAUCUUCAACGAGUCUCGAAAAUUCGCCUACCGUACCCCAAUCACAUCAGCACUUCUUUACGGAGGACGCGAAAACUACAAGGAUCAAAUUCACAAGCUUCGACUCGGUUGUCACAUUCUGAUCGCGACUCCAGGUCGUCUAAUCGAUGUAAUGGAUCAAGGAUUAAUUGGAAUGGAAGGAUGCCGUUAUUUAGUGCUCGACGAGGCUGAUCGUAUGCUUGAUAUGGGUUUCGAGCCACAAAUCCGUCAAAUAGUCGAAUGUAAUCGUAUGCCAUCAAAAGAAGAACGUAUUACUGCAAUGUUCUCAGCUACAUUCCCAAAAGAAAUUCAACUUCUCGCUCAGGAUUUCUUGAAAGAAAAUUAUGUUUUCUUGGCUGUUGGACGUGUCGGAUCAACAUCUGAGAAUAUUAUGCAAAAGAUUGUUUGGGUUGAAGAAGACGAAAAAAGGUCGUAUUUAAUGGAUCUUCUUGAUGCAACUGGUGACAGUUCUCUAACUCUUGUAUUCGUUGAGACGAAGCGUGGAGCUUCUGAUUUGGCAUACUAUUUGAAUCGUCAAAACUAUGAAGUUGUCACUAUUCAUGGAGAUUUGAAGCAAUUUGAGAGAGAGAAACAUUUGGAUCUUUUUAGAACCGGAACAGCUCCAAUUCUUGUCGCAACCGCAGUGGCCGCUCGUGGUCUGGAUAUACCUAAUGUGAAGCACGUCAUCAAUUAUGAUCUACCAUCCGACGUUGACGAGUAUGUUCACCGUAUCGGACGUACCGGACGUGUCGGAAACGUCGGCCUUGCCACCUCGUUCUUCAACGAUAAAAAUCGAAAUAUCGCUCGCGAGCUGAUGGAUUUGAUUGUUGAAGCCAAUCAAGAGUUGCCGGAUUGGCUUGAAGGAAUGUCUGGAGAUAUGAGAAGUGGAGGCGGAUACCGUGGACGUGGUGGACGUGGAAAUGGACAACGCUUCGGAGGUCGCGAUCACCGUUAUCAAGGUGGAAGUGGAAACGGCGGAGGCGGCAACGGAGGCGGCGGUGGCUUCGGAGGCGGUGGACAACGUUCCGGUGGAGGCGGUGGAUUCCAGUCAGGCGGUGGUGGAGGUCGCCAACAGCAACAACAGCAACGUGCUCAGCCUCAACAGGAUUGGUGGAGUUAAAUGACUCGCCCAUGUCUCUCGCCCACUCAUUUUUAAUCGUUUUUCCUUUUUCUCCAAAAAUUAUUCUUUUUUUUUUCAUUUUUCCCCCAUUUUUUUCUUUCCAAAAAUCUUAAUGUUUACACCCAAUUUAGUAUAUUUCUUCCCCAUUGUUUUUGCUUUAAAAAGUCCCAAAAAACUCAAUUUUUCAAUUUUCGCCAAAAUUUUGUUGCUGAAAACGAAAAAUUCCAAUUUAAUCAAUUUUUGAACACAAUUUCCAAAAAAAAAAACCGAAUUUUUGCGAGAAUUUAGAUUUUUUUUUUGGAAUUUUUGGAAAAAAAAACUGAUUUUUCGAUUUUUUUCCAAAAAAAAAACCCAAUUUUUUGAAAUUUGGAAAAAUAUUCCAUUUUUUUAAACAAAUUUCAAAAAAAAUCAUUUUUUUUGUUGAAAUUUUUGGAAACUAUUUUUCGAUUUUUUUGAAAAAAAAUCAAUUAUUCUGAAAAAAUUCCAAUUUUUUUCAAAUUUUUGGAAAAUUCCUUUUACAAUUUUUGAAAAAAAAAUCCAGAUUUUUCGAAAUUUGGAAAAAGUUCCAAUUUUGUGAAAUUAUUGGAAAAAUUCUUUUUUUUUUCCCCCCAAAAAAAUGACCAAAAUUAAAAGCGAUUUUAAAUUUCAAAACAAAAUCCCAAAAAACCAAAUUUUGCGAGAUUUUCGAUUUUUUAAAGCAAAAUUCCCAUACCCCCACCCCCCCCCCCCCUCUCCUUAAGCAGUUUGUUGUAACUGCUCGUCGCUAAAAAAAAGUGGUGUGUGCCUCGAAAAAGUCCCCCCACCCCCACUACUUUUCCUACGUGUGUGUGUCGCGUUGUCCACGUUGUUUUGUGCUGCAGCUCCCGAAAAAAUUGAAAAUUUGCCUAUCUUUGUUGGCUCUUCCCGUACGGCUCCUGGUUUCCUCUAUGAGGCAUAACCAGGCAGGCGAUUACGGUGGCGCUAUAAGGCAAAUAUCAAAUGCAUCACCCUCUCAACUUGUUGGUAUUUGAACUUUAAUUGUGACAAUUUUUAAAUAUAUAGGAUAUUUUAUUAAUUCAAAUUCAAAAUUUCUUUUUAGGUAGUAACUUAUUUGUUGAUUUUUCGUUCGUUCGUUUUUCCUGUGAAAAGUUCUCGAAAACUACUCAUAAUUAUUAUGAUAAUGUCCUAUAGAGUGAUAAUAUUCUCUCAAUUGUCAUCAUUUCUCUCAGAUUUCUUCUCCCCCACCUGUGACACACACUGUUUGAAAAUGUGCUCUAUUGUUUUUCAGUGGCUCAUCUUUUUGUUGUAAGCACAUCCCCCCGAAGGUAUCGAAUCUCGUGUGCAACGUUCACAAGUUCUCGAUCUGUAGCGACGGGUUUCCACAGACAUCUUCUUAAUUUUGACCCCUUUUUUUUUGGCUUUUUCUAGGUAUUCCCCCCCGAUUUUCCCUCCUUUCUCUAUUUUUUUUUCGAAAAAAACUAUUUAAUAAUCAUAUUGGAUGAAUAAAUUAAAACAA